AUGAGUAUGGCAGGUAUUCUAAGGUCCGAAUCACCAGUAGUAGCUGACCAAGAAAUUCAGAUAGAAGAAGAAUCAAACACAGCAACUCCAUUACCACAAGAACCAGAAGAAAUCGAAAUAGAUCAAGUCACCAAUAUCGAUCAAAACAAAGAUGAAACACCAAUUGAUGAAGAUUUAGAAGAAGUAGCAACAAUGUCAUUACCAUUAUCAAAAAUUAAAAAGAUAUUUAAAAUGGAUAUGGAUUAUUCUGGAGCAAGUUCAAGUGCAGUAUAUACCACUGGUUUAGCUACUGAAUUAUUUGUACAAUACUUUGUUGAACAAGCAAGUCUUUUAGCUAAAAUGGAUAAACGUAAAAAAAUAAUAUAUAAAGAUUUUGCAAAUGCUGUAAGUAGUCAUGAUUCAUUAAAUUUUUUAAGUGAUACAAUACCCAAGACUCAUCAAGUUGGCGAACUAAUAUCCAGAAAGAAAAUUAGUACAUUAGAUCAAAUUAAUUUAAACGCUAAUACAGUUAAAAGAAGAGAAUAUAAUAAUAGUAAUCGUAUCAAUAAUUCAAAAGAUUCAAAUAAUGGAGGAAAUAUACAACAAGUACAAAAACUUCGAAAACAACAAGAAUUACCUAAAGGUCAACAAACUUUAAAUUUUCAACUGGAAAAACCAUUAAAAAAGGCUAGUGUAACUGAUUUAAUGACCACAGAAGAUGAUAAUGAUGAAAAUGUUAAUGAAGAUGCUGAUGUUGAAAUGAUUGAAUAG